ACCAGUUGUGUAUCUACGACGAAAAUAUUUCCAUUCAAUCGAUAUAUACAUUUAGCAAUGAUCGUUCUACUGAAAACAAUCGGGUGUUGAGAUUUAGUGAUAUGCCAUCGAGUGACACUCACUGGCAGCUGAGUCAUCAUUUCAGCAUCCUGAGAGGCAGAGACACGCCGACUCUACCCAGCACCAACCAUCAUCAUUCGCGAACACGGCCACAACUUGACCUAUAGCGCGCCGAAGCCUGAAGAAAACCAAUACGCCAUGCGAUCUGUAUAGCAUCCUUGUCGCAAGAACAUUCGCCGACUGCACCGGCCCCGACGAUUGUCACAAUGUCAACCCCAAAGCGCAGCCGUUCAGCGAGCGAGGACGAUGGACGUGAACCCAAACGAUCGCGCACCAACUCAAGCGUACAUCCAGAUUUGCGCAUCAACCACGCGAUAUCAGGACAAAUCGGCGACGCGACCACGGACGACGACGACGAUACUGGCCUCCGUAUCUCGACUGCCAUCACACCGCAUGGGCAGGCGCGCCAAAGCAUCCAGCGGACAAUAGCCCAGGUGCUUAGCCACGAUGGCUUCGACGGCGCCACGCCCGAAGCCAUGGAGAGCUUUACGCACAUGGUAGAAACAUAUCUUUCGUCGUUGAUGAGCGAUGCAAAGUGGAUCGCGCAGUCCUCACGUCGCAGUGUUCCCGUGCCCACCGACUACGAGAGAAUGCUCAGCCGGCACAAUAUCCCAGUCGCGUCCUUAAAACCUCAUCUCAGACCGCCGAUACCGGAAGCACAGCGACAACCCGACUAUGCUGAGGCCAUCACCCUGGACGACGAUGCCUGGACAACAUUGCCCCUGCUUGGGCCCGAGCUGAGCGGCCAGCCUGACAAGGAAUCCAUGCUGCAUAUUCCAGCGACGUUCCCUGCGUUCCCGAGCAAGCACACCUACCGUUUCACACCACAAGAGGACGCCAAUGCGCGAGAUUCGCAAAGGGUUCGCGAGGAUGCGGCAAGAAACGCCCAGCAGGGCGAAGAUGCGCUUAGGAGGCUCGUACGCGCGUCAAAGAUGCGCAAGCAGAAGGAGGUCAAAUCUUUGGUCGAGAAGGACAGCCAAGGCAAAGAAAGAUUCCGACUGUGGGAGUUGACCAUGAAAAGGUUCAUGGGCAUGGAGAACCGCGGCGAGAAUAUUGAGCAGGUCGACAUUGCGGACCACAGCAUGAUCGUCAACAGUGACGCGGUGUUCUCACGCAAGGAGGUGCCCAAGAUGGGAAAGAGAGCGACCCUCACCUCGAAUGAGACUCAAUGAGGAGCAGUACCCGCGAGUGUAAGGGACGACACAGACGGUCAACAUACCACGCAUAAUGAGAAGGCGUUAGCUGAUUUAGGGACUGAUGAGAGUGCCCGCAUCAUCGGGCACGUACAAUCCCGCAGGAUGGGCUGGCGUUUUGUAGCGUUUGCAAUUCACUCAACAUGAUGAAACACAUAACACGCUGUCUCAGAGCUUCCGUGCGAGAGGCCAGUUGUGUCCGGCUGGUUGCGAAUGUAGCUAACAAUGUGAUUGAAGUCUGCUUCGCCUAGAGUCUGGACUUACACGUAGCGACAUGGACCGCGCAGCGCUAAGCCAUAAUGGGAACUCGG